AUUCCUUCCAGUCGCCCGGAGAUCAUUGUGCCGAAUUAAUUUCAGUGCUGGCCGUGGUGCAGCCCGUCUUAUGAGGUUAUACCAUUGGACAAAACUAAGACCCUGUACCGCAUGUCGAUGUAUCGUCUCCAACACACUCCUCUCACUACUAUUGAGAUCAAACUCCUCUUCGUCGAUGAAGAUUUGCACACGGUAUCCCGCAGCGCGUACGUCUCGACAGAGAGGAAUCACCACGAUUAGCCAGUCCGUGAAAUCUUUCAGGCCCUCAUGUCCGAAAUCGCGCGCUUUGCACCAGACUGUGAACAGGGUGUGCUUGCGAAACAUGGUUGCGUGGCUCAGAUGCCAUGACCAUGCUUCUCUAAUUACGACCUUUGAGAUGAAGUCGAGGGGUAUGGUGUUUGUGCCCCAUGUGUCGCGUGUUAAUGAGGUGUGAUUGGGAUCCGGACAAUAACAGUCUUCUUUGUACAGUUGGUAGUGAACCGGCGAGUGACGAGAAGGAACUGGGGCGUGUAAACAUCUAGUCCGAUACACGGGAAUUGCAUUGUUGGGAUUCCAUGGGUGGUGAAAUUUCAAACUCCAAAGCACUCUAGUACGCUUCUGUUCGCAAACAGCUAUUUGGUCUUUCCACAUCUGCUGAAGGAGAGUCUCGUAUAUCUGGUCCCGAAGCUCGCGAGGUAAAACUAAGAUGGCGGUUACGAUCCGGGCUGUGUUUGUGUAUGCUAUUGGUUCUGUAAUGUACUUAUCGAUCAGGUUAACGGUGGAUAUCCAAGCUGUGUAAUUAGUAAC